AUGCGUAUUGGUGCUCGUGGAAAUUUGAGCCCUCGAUUCAUAGGACCAUAUGAAAUUUUGGAACGUGUGGGUAAGGUGGCAUAUCGGUUAACCCUUCCAAACUCCUUGGAAAAGGUACAUGACGUAUUUCACAUGUCGCAGCUUAAGCGAUAUCAUGCCGCAGCCUCUCAUGUCUUAGAUCCCGAACCUUUAGAUUUGGAUACAUCUUUGUCUUACUCUGAGCAACCGGUUAGAAUAUUUGACACGAAGGUCCGUAGUACACGGCGGAAGGAUAUAUCUAUGGUAAAAGUCUUGUGGUCAAAUCACGAACAUGAAGCGGCUACAUGGGAAACGGAGGGCUCGUUGCGAGCAAAGUAUCCUCAUCUCUUUCAGGACCUCGAUUCAUAA